AUGUUUUGCUAUGAACGACGCUACAAACGUAAACACUCGACGCUCUUUAAUUUAUUUCAAGCGGAAGGUAGUGUAUUGUUUUUGUUUAUAAGCCUCCAAUUACGUGAUUUGCGGCUGAGCCUUGAACAAGAUCAACAAUCUAGACAGGUUUUUCUUGAUCAGUCGUUUCGUCUACGAAGGUGAGAACUUGAAAACGUCCAGCUACUUCAAACUGUGGUGAGAUCUUGUGCAGUGUUAUAUUCAGGCGUAAGAUGCCCGCAGCGAUAGCUUUGGUCCUGUCGGGACUCCUCUUGAUAGUCCCCGAUAGCACCCCCUUACCCUUGGAUUCCCCCUGCCCCGAGAUAUUCCGAUACGAGCAAGUUUCAGAGGGGACUUGGAGGGCCAACUUGACUUUGAUAUCCGAAUCGGAUUUGGAGGGAGUUUGGGUCAGACUGCUCACCAAACCCAAGUUGGAGGAAGUCGUGGUUUCGGACGAAUUCGAGGUGAGAUAUAAUGGAACUGAGGAAGUCAGGCUGGCCAACAGAAAAUUCCACCUAGAAGCUGCCGUUCCCACGAGUCUGACAGUAAGUGGUAAGCUCAUCAACGGAGAGCUUCCUGAACUGAUAUCAGUGAUACUAAAUGGAAAAUUGAUAUGUUCUUCUGAACAGAUCAGCGGAAGUACCUUGUACAACGGAGACUUCAACAACAAAAAAUACCUAUCCACAAUAAAAACCACCACUACUAACAUCCAAAACACUUCCACCUCCAACAACACCAAAUGCGGCAAAGCCCUACUCUUAAACUCCCUAAUACCAAACGACAACAUCAAAGUCCUCCCAGGAGAAUGGCCUUGGCAAGCCGGCAUCUUCAAAGAUGUCAACGGAAGCCAAACUCUACUUUGCGAAGCUACCCUCAUCUCUGAAGACACCCUUCUAACCUCAGCCCACUGCGUCACUUGGCAAGAAUCUAACCUCCCUGUAACCGCCAGCCUCCUCUCAGCUAGACUGAAGAAUCUCAACGUCCAAGAGGCAAACGAAGACGAUAUCUACAAGGUGAAGACUGUCAUUGUUCAUCCAGAUUUCGACGAGAAGAGUUUGAAGAACGACGUGGCCAUAGUGAAGCUACUGAGUGGUCCAGGUUUGGAUGAAGCUGUUCAACCUAUAUGUCUUCCGAGCUCUGGAAAGCUGCCAGAGGGUUCUUUCGUUUUGGGGUACGGUUUUAAGGAAGAUGGAACCUUGUUAAAUUUGGGGGUUGCUAAGGCUGUUCCAUUGGCUGAUAAUCAGUGUUCGAGCUUGGAGCCGUCGUAUGGACCCUUGAUAAACGAUGACAACUACUGUGCGACUUACGUGCAAGGUCACGAGAUUUGCAUAGGAAGUUCUGGGAGUGGAGUGAUGGACGUGAAAUCAGAUUCUGAGUACACUUGGGAGCUGAGGGGAGUGGUUAGCGUAGGAAGAGCUUUGCACGAGAAGUUUAGAUGCGACCAGAACAGUCCUAUUUUGAUUGCAGACGUGUCGAAAUACCUCAAGUGGAUCAAGUCGAAUAUUUCGUGAACAAAGUUGGAGAAUUCCCAAGAAUCAAGUACCUUAAGACGAAAGAUAAUUGUACAUUGAGGUGUCGUAGAUAUUCUGAAUGAAAACAUUUUGAUACAAGAUGAGUUUUAUAAGACUUGUGGAGUUUUGACCAUAAAUAUGAAUUUGUAAUAAUUUUUCUAUAGGUAUUAAAAAUACUACAAGA